CUCUCUCUCUCCCACAUACACGUUUACCCCCCCCCUUGACAAAGAAUGACCAUCCCUGCUCAAGAUUACUUGCGUACACUCGGUUCGAUUCGUGACCGAUGCCAACAGGUCUAUGAAAAAGCCCUACAGGGCCAGCUCUGCUACUUUGACACGGACGAGACAAAGCUUGACGUUAUCGUGGACCACGUCGCAGAGUUGACACAUCGACGAUUCUCUGAUAUUAGCAAGAUCCCACCUCACUCGCGCCUGCGACACUUGGGUGAAACAUACGAAGCGUGGCGAGCCAAGCAAGAGCCUGGUUUAGAAUUGGCACGCAAGAUGGUGGAUUUGGUGAUUGUAUCGGUGCUGGUGGAUGCUGGUGCUGGACAGCAAUGGAAGUAUACGACACAGACUGGCGAGCAAAUCGGUCGCUCAGAGGGUCUAGCGAUUGCUUCUGUCGACAUGUUUUUGAAAGGAUAUUUUGCACAAGACGCGACAGAUCAUGUGGAUGCCGGAGGACUCAGCAAACUUUCGGUGGAGCGCAUGACGGAAGGAUUCCAAGUGUCGGAAGGCAACCCUAUGGUUGGCUUAGAAGGUCGCUCGCAGCUUCUAAACCGUCUGGCUAGUGUGAUACAAGACCAGCCCACCUACUUCCCAGCUGCUUCUAGUGGCGCCGUGCGCCCGGGUAACCUCGUCGAUUACCUUUUGGAUGGCAACAAGGACACCAAGACUGUUCCGAUUGACAAGUUAUGGAAGGCCGUGAUGAGCCUCGGUGGCAUCUGGCCUGCGCGAAUUGAAGUCGAAGGCGUCCAAUUGGGUGACGUAUGGCCAUGCACUUGCUUGGCUGAUGCGUCGCCUGCAAACUUGGUGCCUUUCCACAAGCUCUCACAAUGGCUCACCUACUCGCUGAUCGAAGUGAUUGAGUCGUGCCUCGGCAUUACCGUUGAGGGCGUUGAACAGAUGACCGGGUUGCCCGAAUACCGUAACGGUGGAUUGCUUGUUGAUUAUGGUUUGCUUACGCUCAAGCCAGAGGUCGCCAAGCGUGGCGGUGGCGCCGAUGAUGGCUCCUUACCUACUUUUGAGGGCUCAGAUCCAGCCAUUGUGGAAUGGCGAGCACUCACGGUUGUCUACUUGGACAAGAUCCACAAGGCCAUGGAAACCCGAUUAGGCCAGAAGCUCAAGUUGGCACAGGUCUUGGAGAGCGGCACAUGGACUGCAGGCCGUGAAAUUGCGGCUAAGUUGCGACCGGAUACUGCUGGACCUCCCAUUGUCAUUAAGAGCGAUGGAACCAUAUUUUAAACGAUAGCAGUAGAUGCACAU